AUGGACCCAUGGAAGCAGAUUGAACAGCGCUUGGGGGCCCGAGACACCCUAGAAAAAGAGCAUGCUGAACACUACAAGGCAUUUUCUCAGCUUGCACGGCUACUACGACCCAAUUGGGACAAAGAGAGAGAGUCUGUGGUUCUGGAGAACGAAACGCUUGUGGAGCGGUUGAACAAGCAAACACUACGACUCGAGAGCUCUGAGGGGAAGAACGACGAGCUAGCUAGACAAAUACGAUCACUUCAAGCGGAAAAGAGCAAGUUGGAGCAGAAAAUCGUGGCUUUGGGCGAAGAAGUUGCUGAGAAGAACAGGGCCGUGGAGAUCCUCAAUGACGAGCAUCUAGUGCACCAGAUUCAGCAUAACGUGUUGAAGGAUGAGAUAGCCAAGCUCAAGGAGGAGAAUACACAGCUUGUGCUGCGGUGGAUGGCCCGGGUGGCCCAGGAUGCUGAUUCCAUGAACUUGCAGAAUGAAAGUGGAUGA